GACUGGAUUGUCAUUCAGCAGAGGAUUGAUGGCUCGCUAAGUUUCAAUAAAAAUUGGAUUACUUAUAAAUUGGGAUUUGGAAAUUACAACAAAAAUUAUUGGAUGGGUCUGGAAAAAAUCUAUCAGCUUACCAAUUGGCAGAAUUUCAGGUUGAGGUUUGAGGUCCUGAUAAAUGGUGUUUGGACCUCGGAUGAAUAUGACCAUUUUAAGAUUGGAUCGGAAAUGGAGAAGUACAGGCUGACCGUUUCCGGAUACAGUGGAGAUAAGUGCAAUGUUCUCAACAGUACUGUUCCUGAAUAUCGUCACAACGGAAUGUACUUUUCCACUCCCGAUCAAGACAACGAUUUACUUGCUAACUGGAGCUGUGCAUCCAUGACUUCAUCUGGGAAUUGGUUCAACGCUUGCCAAUAUCAGCGCGUGAACAGUGUCUAUGGUUCAAAUCUUGACUACGCUUACACCCGCGCUACGUACAUAAGGAUGAUGAUCAAACCAAAUCCAUGA